AUGGCUCCUGUCGCCGUUCCAACCCAACACCAUCAUCGGAGCACAACAAAACAUGCGCACAAGAGCUUCAAGUCAAAGCACUCGACAAAAGGAGCUCUGAAGGAUCUGCACAAAGGCAAGGUUGAACUUCGAGGAAAGGGUAUCCGAAAACCCGCUCACCAGCAAAUGAUGUCUAAACUCGAAAGGAGGAAUCAGGCUCGGCAAAAGCAACGAAUGAAGCGGCAGGUCAAAGCAGACGCUACCAGUGUAUUCUCCGGCCAGAAUGGUGCGCCACGUCACAUAGCUGUUGUUCCCAUUUCAGCAAGCAUCAAUAUAGAAGAGGCAGUGUCGAUGCUAGCACAAAGUGUGGAUAUACCAGAGCAAAACGUGCACGGUGGUUUAUGUCGUGUUCGUAUUGAUAGAUUUAAGCAAAGUGUACUUUUCAUCCCAGGGACUGGAGAUUUGAUUGGUAUUCUAGACAUCUGUCGAUUGGCGGACUUUGUGCUUUUCGUCUUACCAACGGAUGAAAAUCUUGAUGACAAGAGUCAACUACUAUUUCGAGCAGUGGAAAGCCAAGGUAUCUCCAACGUCAUAGUUGCUGUCCAGGGACUUGAUAAAGUGAAUCCGCCAAAACGGCGACCCCAGGUUCUAUCUUCUAUUAAAACUCUUGUCAACCGGUUCUUUCCCACAGUGGAAAAGCUCCAUUCUUUAGACUCGAGACAGGAAUGCUCGAAUGUUGUCCGAAGCAUAUGUACUGCAACACCUAAAGGUAUAAAUUGGCGGGAAGAUCGAAGUUGGAUGCUCAUUGAAAGUAUUCAAUGGCCAGAAACAAACGACGAAUCUGGCCAAGUCUCAAUAACAGGAAUUGUUCGGGGAAAAGGCUUAAAGGCAGACCGCUUGGUGCACAUUCCUGGAUGGGGAGACUACCAGAUAUCCUCAAUUCUUCCGGCAUCUUUGCAAAAUAAGGAUAAUUCUAUGAAUAUAGAUAGCGAUGGGACGGUGACCCCCUUGGAUGAACCAUCGGCUGAUGCGGACGAUUUAGCUGUAGUAGCCCCAGAAGACGUGUUUAUGGACGAAGAGAUGAUGCCUACGACGGACAUGGAGAGAAAAGGAGUACUUCUUGACGAUCACCAUUAUUUCUCCGAUGACGACUAUGAAGAGGAGACAUCAAGAAAGCCGAGGCGUCUUCCCAAGGGUACCUCCUCCUACCAAGCUGCUUGGUAUUUAGAUGAUGUGUCAGACUCGGGAUCUGAUAUUGUCGACAAUAUGUACGAGGAUGAUCAGGAAAUGGAAUUAGACGAGGAUGCUGGUCCUGAAGAUGGUGUUUUUCUCAAUCAUGGUAGCGGAGACGGUAUGACGGAGGCCGGCCCUUCAGAGUACCCUCAAUCGGAAAUGUUUCUUGAUCCCUCGCCUGAUGAGGAAGUUAAACAAAUAGAAGAAUAUCGGGCCAGCCGUAAGCGAGACGAAAGUGAUGAUCUUGAAUUUCCGGAUGAAAUUGAACUUCACCCUAAUACGCUAGCAAGAGAACGCCUAGCGAGGUAUCGCGGUUUAAAGAGUCUAAAGACUAGCAUUUGGGAGAAAGAAGAGGAUCGACCACAUGAGCCUGAAAACUGGCGGCGCCUGCUGCAAGUUGCCGACUAUAAAGGGUCUAGAAAUCAAUGUAUUCGCGAAGCCCUUGCGGGAGGAGUAACACCAGGCACACGAGUGAAUGUUAUUCUUUGCGAUGUGCCGUUACGUCUUAGACAGAAAGUUCCUUCGCCGCUCUCCUUGUUUUCACUUUUACGCCAUGAACAUAAACAUUCUGUUGUUAACAUUAACAUGAUUCUCAACUCGACUGUUGAAGAACCUCUCAAGUCUAAAGAAGAACUGAUUAUUCAGUAUGGCCCACGCCGGAUGAUCAUCAACCCAUUGUUCUCUGCGCCUGGAACUACUCCAAACAAUGUCCACAAAUUUGACAGGUUUCUUCAUCCUGGCCGAAAUACUGUUGCCACAUACAUUGGCCCAAUUUCUUGGGGUUCCAUACCCGUACUGGUCUUUAGGCGUACCUCCAUCCCGGAUCCAGAGGUACUUGAAGGAAAUGAAACGCAUGCCAUGAUUAACUCCUUGCAAUUAAUCGGCACUGGAACUACGAUGACUCCAGAUCAUGGUCGUGUCGUUGCAAAGCGAAUUAUCCUGACUGGCCAUCCAUUCAAAAUCCACCGAAAGGUUGUUACGGUUCGAUAUAUGUUCUUCAACGCCGAGGAUGUGAAUUGGUUUAAAGCCUUGCAGUUAUGGACCAAGCGAGGGCGCAGUGGUUAUAUUAAAGAGAGUUUGGGAACUCAUGGAUACUUCAAAGCCACCUUUGAUGCAAAAAUAAACCCGCAAGAUGCUAUAGGUAUCAGUUUGUACAAACGCGUAUUUCCUCGACAAGCAAAAGAAUGGACUGAUGAAGCAUGA